AUGAGGUUUUCCAGCGGCACCAUUGCAGGCAUUGGCCUCGCAGUGCUUCCGUUGAUCACAUCAGUCCUUGGUGCCUCAAACUCUACAUGUCCGCCUACAAUCAACUAUACCGCCGACUUUGACUAUGCGGAGUGUCGUCAAGACAGCUACUACGGUCGCAUCCUCGGCAGAGAACGCAAAGCGAUUUUCCGUGACACCAAUACACCCCAAUACUGUGCUGACUACUUGACCGGCAAUGUCAACUGCUCGACUUACGCUUGUUCUGGAGACCCGUCUCAGAAAUGCGGUGGUCAAUACUUCUUGCAGCUGUACAAGGUCAACAAUCCGCUUCCAGUCGAGAAGGUCGAUGGAGACGUCAAGCGUCAACCUCUCUGCCAUACAAGCCCCUUGUGCGAGCACACAGUCUGUGAUACAUCGCUACCCAUCGCAGACAGAAUUGCAUCGCUGUUGGCAGAUAUGACACUGGAAGAAAAGACCGCCAAUGUUGUCAAUGCUGCAGAUGGCGUGGGCCGUCUUGGUCUGCCAGGCUACGACUGGUGGAAUGAAGCUCUGCAUGGUCUGGCUCAGGCUCCCGGAGUCAAGUUCAACAGUCCCAAUGGCUCGGCUUUCAGCUAUGCUACUUCCUUCCCCAUGGCCAUUACGACUGGCUCUGCAUUUGAUGAUCCUCUUAUCGGACAGAUUGCCGACGUUAUCGGGAGAGAAACUCGAGCCUUUGCGAACUUCGAGCAGUGUGGCUUUGAUUUUUGGACACCCAACAUUAACACCUUCCUCGAUCCUCGCUGGGGUCGUGGGCAAGAGACGCCUAGUGAAGAUGCGUUCCAUACUCAGCAGUACACAAAGCAGCUCAUUCCGGGUCUCCAAGGCGGUCUGGACCAUCCUGAAGAGAAACAGAUAAUUGCUACGUGCAAACAUUUCAACCUCUACUACGCAGAAACCAACAGUUGUGCGAGUGAAUACUUCUUGCAAGACACUUUGCGCGAAGACUGGAGCUUCGACGAACCCUACAAGUAUGUCGUCGCCGAUUGCGGUGCUGUGGAAUACAUCCACACCGUCCACAACUUCACCGACACACCUGCUGAAGGUGCGGCUGUUGCUCUGAACGCUGGUACUGACCUGGACUGUGGCUUGACUUUUGAGACAUACUUGAACAUAUCGGUGAUCAACAACUACACUACAGAAGCACGUUUGAACCAAGCCUUGACUCGUCUUUACACUGGACUUCACACUGUUGGAUACUUCGAUGGCCAGAACCGUUAUGCAUCAUUGUCUUGGGGCGAUGUUGACACCGAAGAUGCUCGAGCUCUUGCUUACAAAUCAGCUUGGGAGGGCAUGGUUCUGCUCAAGAAUGAUGGUCUAUUGCCUCUCUCACCUAGGUAUCAGAAGGUGGCACUUGUUGGACCAUAUGCAAAUGCCUCCAGUCAGAUGCAAGGUAUCUAUGCUGGCCAAGCACCAUACAUUAUCACACCUCUGCAAGCGGCCGAAGCCAACUGGGACAACGUCCAGUACGCGUUCGGAACAGGUGUUAAUGGGAGUAACACAACUUUCUUCUCAGCAGCACUAGACGCCGCGAGAUCAGCUGACCUCAUCAUCUACAUGGGUGGUAUUGAUAGCACCAUUGAGCAAGAGACCCAGGAUCGCAAAUCCAUCACAUGGCCUGGCAACCAACUUGAUCUCGUACAACAAUUGAGCGAGCUUGGCAAGCCUCUUGCUAUUGUUCAGUUUGGUGGAGGUCAAGUUGAUGAUAGCGCGCUACUUGCCAACAACAAAGUCAAUGCUCUCCUCUGGGCAGGUUACCCGAGUCAGGAAGGUGGUAACGCCGUUGUCGAUAUUUUGCUUGGUAGACAAGCACCUGCUGGACGCUUGACUACGACUCAAUAUGCCGCCGACUACAUCAACGAAGUCAGCAUCUUCAAUCCAGACCUACGUCCUAAUGGAAGCUACCCCGGUCGCACCUACAAAUGGUUCACAGGCAAGCCAGUCCUACCUUUCGGAUUCGGACUCUCAUACACGAAGUUCGAUCUGUCGUGGUGUGGUAAACCUCUCAAGCAGUCUUAUAACAUCAAAAGCCUGUUCAACAAGCGUCAGCACCACGGUUCCAAACCUACUCCUCUCGACAUCAUGCCAUUUGUCACACUGUCUACAACCGUCUCGAACAAAGGCAACCACACUUCAGACUUCUCUGCCCUCCUCUUCCUCUCAACUUCCAACUCCGGCCCUGCCCCCUACCCCAACAAGUGGCUCGCCUCCUACGCUCGUGCCCACGGCGUUGCCCCUGGAAAGUCUCAGACAGUCAAUUUGGAUAUCUCCAUUGGUUCGCUGGCCCGAGCUGAUCAGAAUGGAGACUUGACUGUCUACCCAGGUAACUACAAGUUGGCGAUUGACAAUGAUGAGCUUCUGACAGCAGAGUUUGAGCUUGUUGGCGAGCCGGUCAUUGUUGAUCGGUUGACUAGGCAGGGCGUUUAUGAGUAUACUGUUCCAGUACACUACAAUGCUAGUGCGAAUCUGGUGUAG